GAAAAUGUUUCCGCAAGGAAUAAACAGAACGGAGGUGUAUAUCCCGCCUACAAAGAGCAUCAUAAUAAACUGUAAAUUCUGCAACUUUUCUCUUUUCUACCCCUAGGAGGAGACUCAAGGCAUUUCUCAUGAGCACCAAUAGAUUCAGGGACAGUUUUUACCCCAGUGUUUUUAGACUCAUCAACAUAAAUCAGUCUAACACAUUAAAAAUGUGCCACAUAAAUAUGCAUAUGUAACAAACAAUGUUAAAUAUAGUGUGCCCAACGCAUUAAUGUGUAGCACUGCAGCUGUAAGCAAAAAUCUACAAAAUCAACAGAAACAAACUCUUACAAUCUAUCACUCUUAAAAUCUAACACUCAGUGAUGAGUGAUACAUUUUAUAACGUAUGUAAGAUUUUGACUUUUUGAGAUGAAUUAUUAUUUAUUAAGGUGCAUCUGUAAGGUCAGAUUGUAAGGUCGGGAUCUGUUUCCCCACUUCCAAAGUCACAUGUGGAUUUUUAUAGUUUAUUCUACAAAAGUCCUUUUUAAAAUGUGUUUUUCACUUGGAUAACGUUUUCCCCUCUCCCAAUGGCUCGGUGAUGCAGUGGCGCAUCAUUUUCUGCAUCAUGUAGAAUUACAGUGUUCGGAUGACAGAAGGUAAUCCCCGCCAUGUGAGGCCUUGGCCCCUGUUUGGAGGCGGGCUGUGAUUCAUUCAAAUGUGCCAAUGCUAUAAAAAGGGGCGGGAGAUGCAAGUAACCUAACUUCAACUCACAAGAUCGUGGUAUAGCGCAGAGCCAUCCAGGUUAUCUUCAGAAAGUGAUGAUGAAUACUGUUAAAGCUGUAAAAAAUGCUUUAAUUUGUUUCGUCCUCCUGCCCCGUUUUCUCGCGGCAGCUGUUGUUUUCUGGCUGCUGGACUUUUUAUGCAUUAGGAAAAGGUUUUUCUUAAGGAUGAAACAGCAGGGAUGCGAUGCCAUUGAUCCUCCUCUGUGCAUAUCGGACUCCAACCGCCUGUUCAGCUUUGAAUCCCUGAAGGCCGUCUGGCACGGCCAGAAACUGGACUUUCUGAAAGCUGCGCAUCUCGGACGCGGAGCGCCCAACACCGAAGUUGUUCGGCUGGAGGACCAGCGGCACUCCCGGAUCCUGGACUGCGCACACGGCGACAGACCGCUUAUCCUCAACUUCGGCAGCUGCACCUGACCGCCGUUCAUGGCGCGUCUGAAGGCUUUCCAGGAGGUCGCGCAGCAGAACGCGGACAUUGCGGACACCGUGGUGGUGUACAUCGAGGAAGCGCAUCCCUCCGAUGGCUGGACGAGCACUGACGCUCCUUAUCAGAUCCCGAAGCACCGGUGUCUGGAGGAGAGGCUGAGCGCGGCGCACCUGAUCCACCUGGAGUUGCCCGGCUGCCAGGUAGUGGCGGACAACAUGGAGAACUCCUCCAGCGCCGCGUAUGGGGCUUAUUUUAACAGACUUUAUAUAGUGCAGGAGGGGAAUGUGGUUUACCAAGGCGGCAGGGGACCCGAGGGGUACCGGAUCUCGGAGCUCAGAGACUGGCUGGACCAACACAGAAAAGAGCUGGAAAAAACUGCCAAUAAUCCGGCUUUAAACGUCUAGAUUUGACUCCAUUAUUUCCAUAACAAUGACGGUUGACGUAUAUUUAUUUAUUCUUUUCAUAAUGUUUGACCUAAAUGAUUUAUUCUCUUUUUUCUGUUAUUAUAUGAUAGGACUGUUACACUUUGCGUGUCAAACAGUUUCUUCCUCCUUUUUGUGUUAAAGUCAGUGAAGACUCUGAGAGGUGCGCAUCUCUCUGCUCCUCGGUAUAGUUGUGAAGUCCGGUUUUUAAAUGGCUUCAGUCCAGGGAACCGGUGCUGAUGUUUUAUACUGGAGUGAAGGAGCUGCUCUGCUCUCUGUCUUGCAUGCGUAUUUGUAUAAAUUAUGUUGUUUUAUGGAGAUAUUUUUCACUCACAUAUUUUUUUAACUAUUGCACCCCAAACAGAUACAAAGGACUUUAAAUGUUGUUGCUUGUAAUAUAAUUUAUUUGCUUUAAUUUGGUGUUAUACAGAAGGCAGGAUCAAAUUUCCAUUAAAAUAAAGCACAACUCACCUCUGUGAAUUGUAAA